UUGAUAGGCAAUAUAUUUCAACACCCCCCUCACAUCUAGGCUUGUUUAGUCCUUGGACGUGGGAUUUAUGUAGGCAGUAGAGUCCUUUUUUAUACUGUGAUGUUAUGGUCUUGAACUCAAGACCUCCUGACUCUGAUACCAUAUUGAAUUCAUGCUCCAGCCAACUCAUCCAAAAGUCCGAACUGGUAGAGAGAGGCAGGUAAUAUAUUUUAACAAUGUGUUUCAUGGUUGUCAGACGACGGCUCGUUAUCUGUUUGAGCCUGGUUGGGCUGACAUUUAAUUAUGCCUGUGUUAGUUCUUUUUGUCGAUAUGGUCUUACUUGGUGGGUGGAGAGAGUUGUUGGGUCGGUCAAUGUGAUGUUGUAACACAUCGCAACGUUGGUGGCCACUGAUAGUGUUCAUAUCAGCCCCAUACAAACACCAUGAUUACCUGCUAGUAGGCUCAUACCUCCUCGAGCAGGAAACACACUCUCAGAAACGGCUCCCACCGACGACCCCCAAGGUCCCGGGCCACUACGGCCCACCAUCCCUAAGGAGCUUAGUAACUUGGUAAAUAGAUAUGGUUCGUGUCAUUGUCAACUCACUGUUAGGUUGAUCUCCUUCUCGUGUGGGCCCAACGGCCCACCGAACCCUUGAUCCGCGCCCUGAUCGGGGCGCUCAACACACCUAUGGUUGACGGUCCCCUAUCACGCGGGCUAUAUAAAGAGGUGGGGGCUGGGGCACGCACUACGAGGUUCGCCGCGCAGCUGCCAAUCCCACCGACAAAACCUACCGAUCUAGGUUAGCCCUGCAGCAACGGGAUGCACCGCCACCGCCGCCACUACUCACUCACCGCCACCACAUCUCCACCAUGGCCAAUGUCUCGGGCUCCUCGAGCCAAGCAGAAGGAGGGUACCACUUGAUGAGUUGCCUCAAGGAUGUUCGAAUCCUCAGAGGUGAUAACUACACUGAAUGGAGAAAGAAAGUUGACUUGGGUUGUGUCUGUGCUGAGGUGGACUGGGUUGUGGACACUCCACAACCGGUCAAACCAGCAGAGCCAGUCAGAGGUGCAAAAGAAGAUGAUGCUGCUUGGGAGAAAAAGAAAAAGGAUCAUACUCCAGUGGAGAUGUUAUAUUCCAUCAAAAACCAAAAGUGGGUCAAUGCCAAUAAAAAGUGCAUGACUUUCAUAAAGAACACAACUAAGAACGCUAUUGUGGGAUCAAUUGCAGAGUGUACUUCCGUAGGGGAGUUUCUUGAAAAGAUAAAGAGCCAGUUCAUUGGUUCUUCAAAGAUAUAUGCUACCCAGUUGCUAAAGCAGCUGGUGAUAGAAAAGUACAUAGGCGGUAGACAUGGCAUAAGAGAGCACAUCCUCAGGAUGAGCAAUAUGACAGCUAAGUUUAAACCCAUGGAUGAGGAUUUGGAUCUCAAGCCUGCACUCCUUGUUCACCUGGUCAUGGUUUCACUACCAAAAGAGUUUGACACUUUUGUUGUCAACUACAACAUGUCGCCUGGAAAAUGGGGCAUUGAAAAGACUAUAGCCAUGUGUGUGCAAGAAGAGGAAAGACUUAAAACCUCAUAUGGUGGUUCUCUGAAUUAUGUGAGGGAUAAUAAGAAAAAGAACUACAAUCAAUGUGGCAAAGGUUCUCCUUCAAAACCACAUGGAAAAGCUUCCACGCACCAUCAGCACCAGCAAAAGUCUUUCCCAAUGGACAAAGACACAUGUCUCCAUUGUAAGCAGACUCAUGUCUCCAUUGUAAGUAGACUGGGCACUACAAGAAAGAUUGCCCUGUUUGGCUGAAGUCAAUAUAUAAUGGCAAAGAAAGGUAACAACAUUGUUUCCUUUGUAAAUGAAUCCAUGUAUACAUAGUUUUCGAAAUCUACUUGGUGGAUUGA